UUCGACACUGUAGGAUAUCCUCCAUUAGAGUCAAUAAACACUCCCGUACAAGUGCUAGUUUAAAUAAUAAUAUGAUAGUGACUGCAUCAAAGACCGAACAUCCAUUGGAGAAUUAAUUUAUUAACGUAGGUUAAUCUUAUAGAUAUUUAGUGUUUUAACGCCCAAACUUUGGGUAUUAGUGUAUAAAACAGAACUGUGCUAGUGUUUUAUGUUAAGUGGUGCUUGUAAGUUUUUGCUGUGAGAUUCAGAUCUUCUCUCGGUUCAUGUUGACAUUCUCAAAGCGGAGAUCGGCUUGCCAAAGGAGCAGCUUUAAAUGCACUUAAGAGGCAUCUGUGAUUUUAUCAAGGUUUUGGGGUAUGUCAUGAGCUGACGGUGGACAUAAUCAACGAAGAUGACUCACCGGCGGGAAGAAACUCAGGAAUACGAUGAGAACACACUUAAACUGAACCGUCACGAAGACAUAGAACUUCCAACUUUAACGAACAUACCAAAUUUAAUAAACCAAAUAUCUUACUCAAAACACCCUGCUCAGUACCCUGAGAGGGGAACAUGGAGUAGUAAAUUAGACUUUAUUUUAUCGGUAGUAGGUUUAGCUAUAGGUUUAGGUAAUGUGUGGCGAUUUCCUUAUUUAUGUUACAAAAAUGGAGGCGGCGCCUUUUUGGUGCCUUAUUUUAUUACCUUAAUUCUUGCUGGCAUUCCUAUGUUCUUUAUGGAACUGGCACUUGGGCAAAUGUUGACAAUAGGCGGUUUGGGAGUGUUUAAAAUUGCACCAAUCUUUAAAGGAAUAGGAUAUGCAGCAGCUGUGAUGUCAUGUUGGAUGAACAUAUAUUAUAUCGUAAUUUUAGCUUGGGCUAUAUUCUAUUUUUUUAUGUCUUUAAGAGCAGAUGUGCCUUGGAGAACGUGUAAUAACUAUUGGAAUACGAGGUUCUGCAUCAACCCUUAUGAUCGCAAGGCAUUAAACUGUUGGGAGAAAUACUCAGUUAAUAACACUGUAACAAAGGUCUGCCAAAUAAGUUCCUACAAUAUUUCAGCCGAUGAUCUCACUGAUCCUGUUAAGGAGUUCUGGGAGCGAAGGGCGCUCCAAAUCACAGAAGGAAUCGAGCAUGUUGGUUCUAUUAGAUGGGAGCUAGCUGGAACAUUGCUGUUGGUGUGGAUUGUUUGUUAUUUUUGCAUCUGGAAAGGCGUUAAAUGGACAGGAAAGGUAGUGUACUUCACUGCGUUGUUCCCUUAUGUUCUUCUAAGCAUAUUAUUGAUACGAGGCAUUACAUUACCAGGAGCAGUGGAAGGAAUUAAGUUCUAUGUAAUGCCCAAUUUGUCCAAAUUGACUGAAUCGCAAGUGUGGAUUGACGCUGUUACACAAAUAUUUUUCUCUUAUGGACUGGGGUUGGGCACUUUGGUGGCUCUCGGAAGUUAUAACAAAUUUACCAACAACGUCUACAAAGACGCUCUAAUUGUGUGUACAGUAAAUUCCAGUACAAGCAUGUUCGCCGGUUUUGUCAUCUUUUCUGUAGUUGGAUUUAUGGCCCACGAACAACAGAGGCCUGUAGCUGACGUUGCCGCCUCAGGUCCGGGUCUUGCUUUUCUGGCAUACCCAUCGGCAGUACUACAACUACCAGGUUCACCACUGUGGGCUUGCCUUUUCUUCUUUAUGAUCCUUCUCAUAGGCCUUGAUUCUCAGUUUUGUACGAUGGAAGGCUUUGUAACAGCGAUAGUUGAUGAAUGGCCUGGAUUACUGAGAAAACGAAAAGAAGUGUUCAUAGCGAUAGUAUGUGCCCUUUCCUAUCUGGUAGGGUUGUCUUGUAUAUCACAGGGAGGGAUGUAUGUAUUCCAAAUAUUAGAUUCGUAUGCUGUUAGUGGAUUUUGUCUGCUGUUUCUAAUAUUCUUUGAGUGCAUUGCUAUAUCCUGGGCAUUUGGAGUAAACAAAUUUUACGACGGCAUCAAAGAUAUGAUUGGAUACUAUCCAAUAAGCUGGUGGAAGUUUUGUUGGACUAUUGCAACGCCUUUUAUUUGCGUAAGUGUGUUCGUUUUUAACUUGAUACAAUGGGCUCCAGUUAAAUACUUAAAUUACGAAUUUCCACUUUGGGCCCAUUUGUUUGGCUGGACUACAGCACUGACGUCUAUGUUAUGUAUACCAGGAUAUAUGGUCUACAUUUGGUAUGUCACGCCUGGAGAUCGACAAGAGAAAAUACGUCUGCUUGUCAAAAUUGAUGACGACGUCCAAGCAGUACGAGCGAAAAUGCAUCAAAAUGGGGCAAGCCAUAACGUAUAAGAGACUGCAAAGGCUUUUAUUGGAACUUUAUUACUUAUAAGGAGAUCAUAAUCACUUUAUAGUGUAUAAAAAUUAACUUCAUAGAUAUAAGAAUACUUUGCUAACUUGAUUUUGUAAAUACGUGUAUGUAGGUUAGGUUCAAACGGUAAAUUAAUUUAAAAAAAUGUAUAUAUUCAUAGUCUUUAAAAAAUGUAUUUUUUUUAUAUAGAUUUUUUUAAUUAUGUUAAAUUUAUGUUAAUAUUUAAUUACGUUAAAUAAAAUAUUGUAGAGUAUAUCAUUUAUAAUGUCCAUUAAAUAUACCAUUGUUUAAUUGCACUGGACAACAGGAAGAUAAUCAUCAUGGUAUAUAUUAGAUAUAACAAUUUUCGACAUAAUUUUAUGUUUAAUAUGACCUUCCUUGAAAAAUACUCAUUAAUAUAUUUAUCUUCCUAACUUGUAUACAGUUAAGAAAAAAAUUUGCAGCUAAUUAACCCUCACAUACCUCAUUAAUGAGUAUAUUAUAUAUUAUAAUAAUAACGCUAAAAAUUUAACGCUUUCUAAAAAAUAAAUUAAUUCUAAAAUACCUGUAUAUCAUAUUCCAUGUACUUGCAACUCAACAAUACCUUUUGUUUUCAUUGUAAUAGUUUUUUAAUUUAUUCCAUUGUAGUAGUAAUUUUCGAAAACCAAAUUUUUAACUAGUCACUGUAUUCAUGAUUGUUAAUUAAAUUAAAUUUUUUAAAUAAAUAUUUAAAUAAACCGUGAAGAA